GCGAAAGAUGUAAAUUUAAUUUGAUAGAAGCUACAAUAUAUAGAGACGUAUGAGAGAGUGGGCAGUGGGCGGAUGUAGAUGAGAUAAGGACAGAAUUGUUCGUGUCUAAAUGCUGAGACCACCUCGGUUUAUCGACGUAGAAUUGAAAAAGUCUAUAAGGAAAUAUAUUCAUUUACGGUCACUACUGUUUCUAUCGAAGGUGACUUAUACAUAAUAAAUAUGAAAGUAUCAACUAAAUAGCACAAGAUAGAAGAUACAAGUCGUAAGUUUUGAGAACCAAAAUUAAUACCAACAUGACGGACGAAUGGAUCUGCAGAUUCCAGGUGAUGCAACCUUCACCAGAAAUGAUUCCUCCAGAAAAUAAUAACAGUUCUUGUUAUAUAACAAGCACAUGUGUUGUUAAGAAGAUAGAUGAUUACAUGAAGAAGUUCAUAGAUAAAUACAACAGAGAAUGCUGCUUGGUGUGGCCCCAAAGUAACCCAGUAUUGUUGUUGUCUGGAGCAAAAUACGUUUACCAUUUUAAUCCCUCGAUCAUCGUUGGAGUAGUAGUAUUGAAAACUUUAUCGAAAUCGAAAUCUCUGUCUCUUAAUGGCCACCUUAGGCUAUAUAAAAAACGUCCUCUUCAGCCUCCUGAUUUUGAAUUAUUUCACAAAAUUUAUUUUGAAGAUGCUUAUUCCAUUAACGUCACUGAUGAAGACGAGAGUGAAAAUCAGUUUGUGAGGGACCUGUUCAACAGCUGGGUGGAUGAUGAGUUUUAUAAUAGCUUACACUGGAUCAUCAGCCCAUCUGUGGAUCAUCACUACAACACUCAAGUCUUAAAUCAAUUCACUACACUACUCCAUACGAUGCAGGAGUCACUGGAGAAUAGUAAUCAAUCAAGAUGUGAAACUUUGGAAGCAGUAUAUCCUGUACCAUCAACGUCAUCUCCGAAAAAGAGGAAAAGAGGUGGUGAAGUUACCGCCACAAAAAACAAAAUUUGGCGAUACUCUGUUAUCAGAGCUAAUCAAAAAAUAAAUUUGAAAGCGUUCUCUUGGGAAGAAAACAUACCAUUGGAUGAGUACAACCGUCCGAAAAUAAAUCAAUACCGUUUUUCACAGUACGUAAUAGGGAAAGGAGGCACAGUCAUCAAGGAAAUAAGUAACUCUUAAUUGUAAAAAAAAAAAAAUGUGAAAUUAUACAUUUCAAGGCAAAAUGUUAUGGCAAGGUGGAUAAGUAAGUAAAUUGCUGUAAGAGUAUUAUCGGGAAGCUUUAUAAAAUUAAAUUUCGACAUUUUUAAAGUGUACCUUUAUUUUUAUUACAACUGAUGUCCCCGAGUUAAGACAAAAAUGAUUCAAUGACUCUGUUCUGUUGUUUAUUAUUUAAGUUUUAUGUUGAUGUAGAACAUUUUUAAAGGUUAUAGGAAGAACUAAGGAUAGGUUAGGUAAAAUUCCGUCAGGAAACAUGACAAGUGUGUCCUGACGAGGGUCUAGGUCAUAUAUGUAUAUAUGAUCCGUCACUAGAGGUUGAGGAUAUCUGACCGAGGCCUUCCACUGGCCUACCGGUCCACCCCUUUAAAAAUUAAGGGUAGAGAUACUAUACACAACACCCUCUUAUACAGUGGUUCCCAAACUUUUUCAGCUUGUUACCCAAUUUAACAUGCCACAUAAAGCAUGUUACCCCUUUCACAAAAUGUUGUUAUUAUUGAUAUAUAUGGCUAAAUUAAAACACUUGAGAUAUUUUCUUUUAUUUAUUGUAUUUGAACAUUGUGCAUCUCUAAUGACUAUUACCAAAGAUGUCAAGAACAUCAGUGGGAUGGAUGGAGUUGCAUACUUGAAGCUAGUUUAGGAAUUCUUGACUUCGUGGUUGAAAGUGUCAGCCUGGCAUCGUUUGCAACAUUCAAGCGAGUCCUCUUUUUUGUUUUCAUACCCAGCACAGUUGAGAAGCCCUUCUCGCACAGAUACGUUGUUGAGAGGCAGCCUCAGGAAGUGAGUGACGAGUACUGGACAGGUCGAUCUGGGCUACUGAGUGACUUUUGUCCUGAAGCAUACUUGUCAAAAUACUUUUGGGUUUCCACACACUUAGCUAUAUAUUUCUUCUUUUCUAAUACUGUAUAUUAGUUUUUGAUGUUUAUUGUUAUUUGGUUUAACUUUAUUACUUACUUAUAAUAGGUUUACUUUACAACUUUAUAUACUAAGACAAAGUUAACAAUAAUCCUCAUACCGGGUACCGCAUUGUUUUCUUGAUUUUCAGAAUUCAUAACUUUUUUUCUGUCACCCCUCCAUUAUCCCCCAAAAAUGGUUAAAUUACCCCCAGGGGGUAAUUUACCCCCAGUUUGGGAACCACUGCUCUUAUAUAUUGACUACUACUCACGAGAUGGGUUUGGAGUAGUAAUUACGUAAUAGGUUCGCCGGUACUGUCCCGGGCGGGUAUUUUCUAGAUGGUAUGGGUUUAGAAAGAGGAAGGACAACACUUCUGUUUUUGUUGUAUCAAAAAUCUAUUUUUUUUAAUAAUGCUAGUGUGUUACUAUAUUCCAAUAUUUUUAAUAAUUACUCAAUAUUAGUCUGAUCAUGUGAAGCAUAUUUUUUAUUUUUAGUAUUACUGCUAGUUUAAAUUGCUUGAAAUGCUUUGCAUAACUUCUAUUAUGUAAGAAAUAUAGAGGCCAAUUAUUAUUAUUAUUAUUAUUAUUAUUAUUAUUAUUAUUAUUAUUAUUAUUUUCAGACUGAAUUUAGUAUUAUUGUAAAUAGUUCAUAAUUACUGUUGUAACCAUUGUGAAACUCCUUCACCUAACCCACAACUACUGUAACCUGUAUAAUCAGUCAUCACAGGUUAUAUACACUGAAAUGUGUAUUUCUUUCAGCGUAUGUAUGCUGAGAGUUUAAUUUAAUCCCUAUUUUAGGGAUUAAAAGAUUCUUGUCUGGUGCAGAAAAGGUUACUUACAGCCUUUAAGAUGGAAGGGGGUCUGCUCAGAGCAAACAUUUUUUUUAUUUGUCUUGUUCUUUUUAUUUACUGAAAGUGUACAUAUAUGUGGGAAUGUGGUUUUGUAGGAGUUUCAUGGUGAGUACAGGAAAAUUUGACACAAUUAGAAAUUGGUUAAAUGAAUUUUCAGUACACAUUAAAGAAUCAAAAUACAUCA